CGGAACUCUCGUAAAGUGACCGAAUGCCGCGAGUUGACGUACGAAAAAGCGAAAUUCUUCAACUGUCUCGCGAGUGAUGGAUCGUGCACGAGGUGUUUAUCGCGAUCUUUUCGCAAACCGAUGAAAAACGAAGAAUCGUUCGAGCCCCGCGAUAUGUGAUACCCGCAGAUCGGCCACGCCCAAGGCGAGCGGCCAUCUUGGAUUUAACCACGUGAGUCAGUGUCGCGAACGAACAGCGCUCUCUCUCUCUCUCUCUCCCUCGUCGCUGUGCUCGGAUUCUGUAUAUACGCUGCAUGGGCCAACAGUCGAAGGGCUAUGGGGAAACCAAUCCAUGCACUACGUCAACCGUCGGCUGACGCCAUCGCUCAGAAUGUGUUCUUCCGGGACGGGGACACGGUCGGAAAAUCGGAGCGUCGCCGAGGAGCCUCUCUGAGAAAGAUCCGUCAACUCUGCCAUCAAAUUCCAAGAUUUCGUCGAGCGAAUGGGAACACGAACGCGGACGAAAAAGACGAUAGUCGUGAUCAUCGUCGUCGUCAUUUUACCGGCUUUCAUGAUGACUCGUCUCGAAGAGCAAAAUUCUCCACAGUAGCCAGCUUCUGCCUCGCGCAAAAGUAUUUCUCGCCAGGAGGAGAACCGGAUUCUUCCGACGACGAGAGGAUCCCAACGGCGCUGCUGGGCCGCAGAAGCUUCGCGAUCAACUCGUGCCAGAUAUGAGGCGAGACUCUCUUUUCAUUGCCCAAUAAUCGUUUGGAAACGAGAGUUUUAUAUGCCAUCAUCAACGCGGCCACGUAGCUCGGAUUUUUUUCGAUCCUUUGCGGUUUUCUUUCGCACCACCGGCUCCUCCUCG